GGUACAUCUGCCCUCAUUAUAUGGAUAGGCUUGCUUUGCUUGAAUGGAUUCAUAAACUCAAUUGUUUGGGAUCACAAUGUCACUAAUUGGGCACCUGUGUGGUGUGAUAUAUCAUCUCGUUUGAUGCUAGGCGGGGGAAUUGGUGUGCAGUCAGCGUGCUUAUGCAUUGCUCAUUAUUUGUAUUUUGUCACAAGAAACAUAACCACAAACCGGCCCAGUCAAAUCAGGGUACCCAUUGCAUGUGACCUUUUUUUGGUCAUAGGAGUUCCAACACUGUACAUAGUCGUAUCUUAUAUUUUUCAAAGUAACCGCUUUGUGAUGUUCGAGGAGAUAGGGUGCUAUUAUGCGAUAUACAACACGCAGCCCAUUUUACCGUUACUUUUGAUAUGGCCGUUGAUAGUGUCUCUUAUCCUUCUUGUCUACUUAGGUAAGCAUUUAGUGGCCCCCCUGUACCCACUCAAAAUGAUAUAA